UCAGGUGCCUCCUGGAGCUGCCCCAUCACCCCUCUCUGGCAGAUGCAUCUGCAGUUGGUUCCCCCUCUGUUGCACAUCCUGAUUUCAUGUUCUGCUUUCUGUUGUGUGAAAGUGACCAUCAGACCCAACCUGCAUGUGCAACCUCGAUGAUUUAGCAACUGAUUCAGAUACUCCAGAUUCAGACACUGAAUCAGCAGCUGAAGAACGUGCAAGACAAGCUGACCUUUCCAGGCCACUCUAGAGGGAGAUGAAGGUGUUGCUGAGCCUGGCCCUGCUGCUGACAUGGCUGGGGCCAUGCACGGGGGCUGCCGAGGCGUUCACGGAGCCUCAGCUCCGAGCUAGGGCUGGCGACUCCGUGCUGCUGCAGUGCCUCUUCCUGGACCCCGACAGCAAGGGAUGGACCCUGCACAAAGUGGACUGGCUGCUCAAGGCAGGAGCUGGCACGCAGGAGGAGAUGGUGUUUUUUUACUACAGCAACCACGGCGUCCCCGCGGGCCGCUUCAAGAACCGGGUGCAGUGGCGGGGGAACAUCUCCCGCUGGGACGGCUCCAUCCUGCUGCGGGACCUGAGUCUCAACGACAGCGGCACCUACGAGUGCGAGCUGCGGCUGCUGGAGACCAGCAGCGUCUUCAGGAGCCGCACGGUGCUGCUCGUCAGCCCCGCCGUGCCCCGAGGUGCCGAGGAUGCGGCGCCCCCGACAGACUCCGGGUUCUGGCCGGCCGUGGUGGGCUGUGGCUGCGUGGCCGUGGUGGUGGCGUUCCUGGCCGGGCUCUGCGUGAGGAAGAGGUUUGCAACCGUCACGGCCCUGGAGAGGAUGGGGAAGAGCAGCAGCAAGGGCAAAGCAGAGGAAGCAAUUUACUCCUCAAUCCCCGGAGCCGAGGUGCCCAAGGCUGAGCAGGAAGCAAAGAAGAAGAGGAGAGCUGAGGACACAUACAUAACCAUGCACCCAUCUCACUGCCGGGACAACGGCGUCUACGUGGAGCUGGCCAAGAGGGCCAUCCCGUCAGAGUGGAUGGCAGAGGGGACCCAGGGGCAUGGACAGAGCCAGGAGCCCCUCAGUAGGCCAGAGGAGGCACCUCCCCAGCCCCCAGAGCGGCAGAAGUAGCUGUGCUGGGGGAUGGCAGCCCUUUCCCAGGUGUGUCCGGGAUACCUUUGUCCCUCUGAGGACUGAGAACUGGUGACACGUCGCUGUGUGCCCCAUGCCAGGGCAGUGCUGGGGCACAGCCCACCCCAGCUGUCUGCAGGGGACCAGGGGACACCUGUCCCUGCAGCUCUUGCCCCCCUGGACUCGAGAGAGCGGGCACAGCCUCACGCUCCAGCUCUGAUCCUGGCCCAGGAUGAGGAUCCCCAAGGGGGGAGAUGCAGCAGGAGCUGUCACAGUAUUUUUCUGCAGAUAAUAAAACUCAGGGAAUCUUC